UAUGGCGUUGCUAGCUGGUGCGCAGAAAGGCGCCUCUUUCGGGGAGAGCUGCCUGGCCCAUUUCACAGCUGGCUUGCCGGAGUUUGUCCUGGACACGGACGCCUCGGUGCAGAACGGCGCCACCUUCUUGUCCUCGCCGGAAGUGGAGCGGGGUCGGGACUGCGUGCGGGCCUGCUGCAAGGACCCUCAUUGCAACUUGGCCCUCGUGGAGCAGGUCCCGGGCGGCGACCACGACGCCGUCCAGAGCUGCUUUCUCCUCGACUGCCUCUACGACCAGGCCUUCGUCUGCAAGUUCGCCAGGAAGGACGGCUUCCUCAACUACGUGAAGAGGGACGUCUACGACGCCUAUGUGGCCAUGCGGGAACAAAGGCACCAUAAUGAUAAGCCGCCUAUAGCCAAAGCUUGGAUGGACAUGAAAGUGCAGCCUAAUAAGCCAGCAACACUGAGGGGUACAGAAAGUAUUGAUGACAAUGGAAUCGUGACUUAUGAAUGGACACUCCUCUCUGGCGAUUCCUCCGUGGUGAUGGAGAAAUGGACAGAUCAUGUGAUCCUCACCAAUCUGAACGAAGGGAUUUACAUCGUCCAGCUGACCGUGACCGAUACUGCUGGACAACAGGACUCAACCAACAUCACUGUCACUGUGCUGAAUUCUGAGCAGACUAUGGAGUACUGCUUGGCUCCUUAUAAGGUUGGACGGUGUCGGGGUGCCUUCCCUCGCUGGUACUACAAUCCAGCAACUCAGCAGUGUGAGUCCUUCACUUUUGGUGGCUGUAAACCCAACAAGAAUAAUUACUUACGAGAAGAGGAAUGUAAACUUGCCUGCAAGAAUGUCCAAGGCUCUGUUGAAGAACGGCCAGAGCCAGUGUGCAAUGGAGACUGUCUGCCCUUCUAUUUCAAGUGUGGUGAUGGCUGCUGUAUUGAUAAAUUCCUGGAAUGUGAUGAAACUCCAGAUUGCUCAGAUGGGUCGGAUGAGAAGUCGUGUGACUCAGAUGUUCAAGGAUUCAAUAAACUGCGCAUGAUCAAUGCCUCUGUCAGCCAAGUUCACUGCGUGGAUAUGCCAGAUACAGGGAUGUGCGACAAGAGUUUACCUCGCUGGUACUACGACCCACUGACUGAGAAAUGUGGUCGUUUCACCUAUGGAGGUUGUGAAGGCAACAAGAAUAACUUUGAGGAUGAGGAAGCGUGUAUGAAAUCCUGUGUGGGUGUCACAGCGGAAGACAUGAUUGGCCAGAAAUGGAGAGGACAGGAGCAUCAGCGAGGAGGUUUAAGCUCUUUUGAAGUGGCCUUUGCCGUGCUUCUUGGCGUAUGCAUCAUGAUAGUAUUGGUAAUCCUUGGCUACUUCUUCCUGAAAAACAAGAAGACUUACCGCCGGCGACGCCAGCCACCUACUGCAGCCAACUCCACUCUCUCUUCCGUUCUCUCCACUACUGAGGACACAGAGCAUCUGGUUUACAACAGCACCACAAAGCCUAUUUGAUUCUGAAGUGCUGCCCUCCACUUCUGGUAGUGGGACAGUUUUAUGUACUGUUGAUGAUGCUUUGGGGGGUGGGGAAGCAUAUGGCUGAAGGAUUUCCCCCCUCCAUGUUCCCUGCCCAUAGAUUGUCCAACUCUCGCCAUUUUACUAGCCCUAGCAAUAGUCCUGGGUAUGUGACAGCCCCUGAAGAAGAGCAAUGGCAAGUUUAGUUCUCCUUCCAUUUGCGAUCAUACAUGGACAGCUCCCUUUGUUGAUAUUUCCCUUCAUUCUUUGGGUGGGUGGGAGAGUCAUUUUAAAUAUAAGGACUUGCUGCACCUAUUGAAGGAGCUACGGUUUGAUUUGGUAUGGAAUUCAUCCUCCCACAAACCUAUUGAAGUCUGCAUUUCUUUUUCUAUGUCAUAGGAUUUUGCCUACUUCUUCCUUUCUCCCUCUCUCUCUCAAGACAUGCCACCUUUAAGCCCCCUCCACUAUGCAGGAGUCUAAGUGGUUCAAGAACAGCAGUGCUUCUGAGAGUCUUGUUCAGGUCCCCAUGGCUUUAUCAAUGUGAACUCAGGGUUGCACAUGGCGGUCUUUCAAGAUAACACAUGGAAUAGAAGGUUGAUAGACCCCUGAUAUGAAACCAAUAAUGGGGUCAUCAGCACAGUAGUGCAUCUUAAGUAGCUAGAAUAAGGGCAUCGUGGUAUGCACACAACAUUAUGACCAUCUAGUUUGAAAUGUAUGUAAGAGGAAAUGCAGCUGAAACAUGUUCCUAAGUGAUUGAGAAUCUGGUUCUGCAUUGAUUCUUUUUCUUUGUGUUUUUUUUACAUUUCCCCCACUAUUCCUACCUCCAUGGUUGCCAUUUCUGCUUUUAAUGUUAAAUGACUGUUUAGAGGGUUUUUUUUUUAGUGUUUCACCUGUAUGUAUUUAUUUUUUAGAACCAAAAUGUGACUGGAAAAAUUAUGCUCCUGGUUUUCUAGCUUGUCUCCAAGUACACCAUAAAUCUUGGGGAAUAAAGUGUAAAAAGAAAAAUCCCCUUCAGUGAUGGACAGUGCAAACUCUUCCUUUUCUAAGCUGGUGCCACUUACAGAUUCUUCUUCAUAUACUCU